AUGGAUCCAAAACAAAAUGAAAAAUCAGAUGAAACAAUUGAUCAAAAACAAGGAGAAGAACCAAACGAAACAACUGAUCAAAAACCAAAUGAAAAACAAACAGAAGAAAAUGAUUAUGGCAUUGAAAAAAUUGAUACAGCAAAAACGGUUUUUAACGGAGUUGGAACAAUAACCGAAAUAUUUAAACCUUUUGUACCAUAUAUUGAUAUUAUAUUAGGCGCUGCAAAUGCUAUAAUUAAAAUUUAUGAAGAUGCUAAAUAUAAUAAAAAUAUUUGUUUAGUAUUUGUAGAACGUAUGCGAAUUGCUAAAUUCAUUAUCGAAAGAUUAACAACAUCUAAAGAAUCUAAUAUAGAAAUGUUUCAAAAUCAAUCAUUUCUUGAUGCUCUUGUAAAAUUUAGUAAUAUUGUUCGUAGUAUAAAAAAAUUUGUUUUAGAUAUUUCUCAAAUGAAUCAAAGAAAAAGAUUUUUUAACGCUACUGAGAUUAAAGGAACUAUUGAUAAACUUAGACAAGAUUUUAAUGAUGCAAUGAAUGAUUUACAGUUUUCGAUUAUUGCUAAUCAAAUGAUUGAUAAAGCAGAGGAAGAUAGAAAAAUAGAAAGAGAUCUUGAUACAAUGCAACAGUAUUUGGAAAAAAUAUUAGAGUGUGUAGAAACCACCGUUGAACAAGUACAAAAAAUUGCUAUUGCAAAUGAAGUGCUCAACAAUGACUCUAAGAGUAAUAUUUGGAAUACAUUUAAAGCACCACAAAUUGAUUCUAGGGAAAUCACAGAUCCUAAAAGAGGUGCAUCUCACGGGAAAGUGGUGAAAAAAGUUUAUCUGGCAUUGAAUGUCGCUUGUAAACCAUUCGAAAUUUUAAAUAAUAAUUCACCACAGUCUCAUAAACAACAAGAAACAACAUAUAUUGACAAUCCUAUUGAAAUGUUUCCUUGGAUGGCUCCAGAAAAAAUGAAAGGUGAUCCAUAUACUCAUAAAUGUGAAAAGGUCCCAUAUGAAAAAAUUACUUCUAAACAAUCUAUUAGAGACUUUGUGAUGAAAGGUAACAGGGAAGUUUUUGAAAGUAGACAUGGACCAUCAUAUGUUCCUAAAGCUUUUACAAAAAUUAUUGAUUAUGGAAAUCCAAUAGAACGUCCAAACUUUCAAGUCUUGCUUGAAGAAUUAGAAAAAUUAUGUAAAAAAUAUGAUUCUACAUCUAUGGAUAACUCAACUUUUGAAAUAGUUGAAGAAAAUAACGAUUCAGAAUCAGAAGGAACUAUAAAUCUUACU